CUGAUUUAAACACCAUCAGGAUGUUGUCCGUGUUGCCUGGGCUAGCUUAUCUCGCUACAUUUAUGACUUUUAGAGAUGUUCAUCGCCUGGAGCUUCACCCACCCAAGGUUGUGGUGAGAUUUGGGGAUCCUGUGUCAGUGAACUGCAGCACCUCCACUAAACAUUACGGCAUGGGCUGGGAGGCCCCUGUGGGAGGUGUAAACAUGAGGGACGAUGUUAAUGUGAUCACCUGGACAGUUCCAGCGCUGACUGACUGGGACAAAGCGCCAAUAUGCUUCAUCAACACUGAUGAUGGACAGCACAACAAAACUCUUUCGGUCAUUGUCUAUAAGACUCCAGACAGUGUGUCCAUCAGUUAUGUAAAUCACACAGGCCCAGUGAUGGAGAAGACACAGUAUGAGCUCCAGUGUGACAUUAAGAACAUCGCUCCUCUUCAGUAUCUCAGUGUGAGGUGGUACAAAGGACAGACUCUAGUGGACAGUCAAACAUUUACUGAUGACUCCAAGACUCCAGUGAGUGUUCCUGUUCCACUCCUGAUCACUCCCAGUAGAGCAGAUGAUGGAGCUCAGUACAGGUGUGAAGCAGAGCUGGACCUGGGAGCAGAGGGACCUCAACCUCCUCCUGUAGUGAAGUCAGAGACUCUUAACAUGACUGUGCAUUAUGCUUCUGAGAUUGACUGCCCUUUGGAAUAUGAGGUGAGGGAGCAGGAGGAGGUGAAUAUUUCUUGCACAGCAGUGGGUUCUCCAACUCCUGAGAUCUCCUGGUCCAAAGAUGGAAAGAGAGUCGAUCGCCCGAAACAUCUCUCCAGAGAAAACGGUGGCUCCUUCACUAUCAGUGCCACAAAUAAACAUGGAACUAAGGAGCAUGUGCUAAAAAUCAAUGUUCUCUAUGCUCCUGAGAUUGACUGCCCUUUGGAAUAUGAGGUGAGGGAGCAGGAGGAGGUGAAUAUUUCUUGCACAGCAGUGGGUUCUCCAACUCCUGAGAUCUCCUGGUCCAAAGAUGGAAAGAGAGUCGAUCGCCCGAAACAUCUCUCCAGAGAAGACGGUGGCUCCUUCACUAUCAGUGCCACAAAUAAACAUGGAACUAAGGAGCAUGUGCUAAAAAUCAAUGUUCUCUAUGCUCCUGAGAUUGACUGCCCUUUGGAAUAUGAGGUGAGGGAGCAGGAGGAGGUGAAUAUUUCUUGCACAGCAGUGGGUUCUCCAGCUCCUGAGAUCUCCUGGUCCAAAGAUGGAAAGAGAGUUGAUCGCCCGAAAUAUCUCUCCAGAGAACACGGUGGCUCCUUCACUAUCAAUGCCACAAAUAAACAUGGGACCAAGGAGCAUGUGCUAAAAAUCAAUGUUCUCUGUGAGUCGUCCUCAGUACAUAAUUAA